AAAGAGGGAAGGAAAGUUAAAGACGCCUAUGUGCGUCUAUCUUACGGUAAGAGGAACGGUCGCCUGGUUGUUCGCACGUGUGAAAGCAUGGAUGCUGCGGGCAAAUGGAGGAAUUUGCCCAGCGGUCCCAGCCUCAAGCAUCUUACGGCGUCGGACUACGGCCGGCCCAGAGAGCAACAAAGGCCUGCCCUUCAGGAUAUUGCAAGGGCUCAUAUUGAAUCGUUCAACUACGCUGUAAGCGAAGGGCUGAGCCGUGCCGCGCAGGAUAUUCCUCCUUUGGAGUUUGCUUUUAAGAAUGAUCGGAUUACUUUGGCCUUUUCAGGGGCCACCAUCAGCCCUCCUAUGGUACCAAAAGGGAGUAUAUGUAAAGAGCUGAAAGUUUAUCCAGCAGAAUGUCGAGCACGUAGAAGUACCUACCGUGGGAAACUGACUGCUGAUAUCAGUUGGGCAGUGAACGGAAUUCCUAAAGGAAUUAUCAAACAGACCCUUGGGAAUAUUCCAAUUAUGGUGAAAUCUAAAUUCUGUCAUCUCCAUAGCCUUUCUCCCAAAGCACUUAUCCAACACCAUGAAGAAGAAGAGGAAAUGGGUGGUUAUUUCAUAAUUAAUGGAAUAGAAAAGGUGAUAAGAAUGAUGAUUAUGCCUCGGCGGAACUUUCCUCUUGCAAUGAUAAAACCAAAAUGGAAAUCUAGAGGUCCGGGCUACACACAAUAUGGGGUCUCAAUGCACUGUGUUAAAGAUGAGCAUACAUCUGUUAACAUGACCUUACACUACCUUGAUAGUGGUUCAGUGAUGGUGAAUUUCAUCUAUCAGAAGGAGCUGUUCUUUAUCCCACUGGGAUUUCUCCUUAAGGCAUUGGUUGGUUUCUCAGACUUUCAGAUUUUCCAAGAACUGAUUAAAGGGAAAGAAGAUGACACAUUUUAUAAGAACUGUGUCUCUCAAAUGCUGAGGCUGGUCACAGAGGAUGGCUGUGUGACCCAGAAACAAGUGCUGAUCUUCUUAGGGCAGCGCUUCAGAGUAAAAUUGAACCUUCCUGACUGGUAUUCUAAUGAGCGUGUUGGAGAGUUCCUUUUCAACCAGUGCAUCUGCAUACAUUUGAAAACGAAAGCUGAGAAAUUCUACUUGCUUUGUCUAAUGACACGAAAGCUUUUUACUUUAUCCAAAGAGGGUUGCAUGGAGGACAAUCCUGACAGCUUAAUGAAUCAAGAAGUGCUCACCUCAGGACAACUUUACCUCAUGUUUUUAAAGGAGAAGAUGGAAACUUGGCUACACUCAGUUAAACUAGCAUUAGAUAAGAAAACUCAGAAGUCAAAUAUAACGAUUACUUCAGAAAACAUGAUAAAGAUUCUUGGCUUAGGAAUAGAUCUCACCCGGAUGCUUGAAUAUCUCCUGGCAACUGGUAACCUGCGCUCAAAGUCAGGUUUGGGCAUGCUGCAAGCAUCAGGUCUAUGUGUGAUAGCAGACAAGCUGAACUUCUUCCGCUACCUCUCCCACUUCCGCUGUGUGCACAGAGGAGCUGCUUUUAUGAAGAUGAGAACCACAACAGUGCGCAAGCUGUUGCCAGAGUCCUGGGGUUUUCUCUGUCCUGUCCACACACCAGACGGCGAGCCUUGUGGUUUGAUGAACCAUAUGACGGCCCCCUGCGAAAUCGUAACCCAGACUUUCCACACUGUAUCUCUGCUACCUUUGCUUUGCUCUUUAGGUGUCACCCCAGUUGAUGGUGUACCAAACCAACCUUAUGCUGAAUGUUAUCCAGUUACAUUAGAUGGCGCUCUGGUGGGCUGGAUAGAGAAGGAUCAGGCUCCUGAUCUUGUGGAGACUUUCAGGCGCUUCAAGGCAAUGCAAGAAAAGAAGAUUCCAGGUUGGACAGAAGUAGUGCUCAUUCCGAUGACAGGGAAACCCAGUCUCUAUCCAGGACUUUUUAUUUUCACGACCCCUUGUAGGAUGAUGCGUCCUGUACAAAACUUGGCUUUGGGGAAAGAAGAAUGGAUUGGCACCAUGGAACAGGUAUUCAUGAACAUUGCAGUAUCCAAGGAUGAAAUUCAACCUGGGUUGACCACUCAUCAGGAGCUUUUUCCCUAUAGCAUGCUAAGUGUGGUGGCAUGUUUCAUUCCUUUCUCUGAUCACAACCAAAGUCCAAGAAACAUGUACCAGUGUCAGAUGGGUAAGCAGACAAUGGGUUUUCCACUUCUGACUUUCCCGUAUCGAUCUGAUGACAAAUUAUACCGGCUUCAGACUCCCCAAAGCCCGUUAGUUCGGCCAUCCAUAUAUGAUUAUUACAAUAUGGACUCUUAUCCCAUCGGAACAAAUGCUGUUGUUGCUGUGAUCUCCUAUAGUGGUUACGAUAUGGAAGAUGCAAUGAUCCUGAGCAAGUCGUCUUGGGAGAGAGGAUUUGCACAUGGCAGCAUCUACAAGACAGAGCGUAUUGAUCUUGCAGAAAAAGUAAAGCAAGGGGAAGACAAUCUAGUGUUUGGGAUUGGGAUUGAUAAACCUGUGCAGAGUUUGGACCCCGAUGGCCUGCCCCACAUUGGAGCUAGACUUCAAUAUGGAGAUCCUUAUUAUAGCUAUGUGAAUCUCAACACAGGCGAAAGCUUUGUGACCUACCAUAAGAAUAAGGAAACUUGUAUUGUAGAUAACAUCAAGGUAUGUGGUAAUGAUACUGGAACUGGAAGAUUCAAGUGUGUAUGCAUCACUUUCAGAGUCCCCCGGAAUCCAACAAUUGGGGACAAAUUUGCCAGCCGUCAUGGACAGAAAGGCAUCUUGAGCCGAUUGUGGCCAGCUGAAGACAUGCCCUUUACUGAAAGUGGAAUGGUGCCAGACAUCCUCUUCAACCCUCAUGGUUUUCCAUCCAGAAUGACCAUUGGCAUGCUGAUUGAGAGCAUGGCAGGAAAAUCAGCCUCGCUUCAUGGACUCUGUCAUGAUGCAACCCCAUUUACAUUUUCUGAAGAGAAUUCCGCUGUGGAAUACUUCGGCAAGCUGCUGAAGGCUGCCGGCUAUAAUUACUAUGGGACGGAGAGGAUGUACAGUGGGGUAUCUGGAGUAGAGCUCGAAGCAGACAUUUUCAUUGGUCUUGUGUACUAUCAGCGCCUGAGGCACAUGGUCUCUGACAAAUUUCAGGUGAGGACUACAGGGGCCCGAGAUAAAGUCACCAACCAGCCCAUUGGAGGAAGGAAUGUUCAGGGCGGCAUCCGCUUUGGGGAGAUGGAGCGGGAUGCUCUGUUGGCUCACGGCACGUCCUUUUUGCUGCACGAUCGUCUCUUCAAUUGCUCAGAUCGUUCAGUGGCCCACGUUUGUGUUGACUGUGGUAGUCUUCUCUCACCUCUCUUGAAAGCUCCACCAGCCUGGUCCACCACUCGCGCCCGACAAUACGUUUGCGCCUCUUGUGACCAAAGUAACACCAUUGAAACAAUUGCUGUCCCUUAUGUCUUCCGCUGCUUUGUGGCAGAAUUGGCUGCCAUUAAUGUCAAAGUGAAACUUGAUGUACAGUAAUUAUGGCAACUGAGUUGUCCUUUUCUAAUUCUAUUAUCUGUUAUAAAAGGACUUAUUUACGUAGUGCUGUAAGAUCAAACUGAUAUAUAUUUAUAAGGAAAGAGGCACUCCGCAUAUUGUCUACAAAAAAAACCACCCAGGAGAUGUUUGGAAUUAUUUAAUAAGGUAAAUAGCACAAGUCUUGGGUCUUUCUAAAAGGAUUGAAUACUAAAUUAAUUUAAUACAAUACUCCUUGUUCCCAGAAAGCCCAAUAAUUUUUCUUUCACACUUUAGGGUUUACAUCUGUCCCUGCAGCAAAGAAAGGCUGGAAACAUAGGAAAUGACAUUCAGAAGCUUUCCCCAUUGAAAACAAGUAGAUGCUGAGAGGCCCCUAUGCCGUUUAAUAGCUGUCUACAUUUAAGCAGAACAUUAUUUUGACUGCAACCUAAUAGAUAGCACUGAGAAGUGAUGUCAAAGUGCCUUUAUAGCACUUUCCUUGAUGUGGAUAUUAUAAGGAAAGGAGAAAGAAUAACAUGAUGGCUUGUUCUUUUUUUUUGCAACUACCUUGAAUUAAAGAUUAAAGGAGUUCUGACUGAUUUGUAUUUAAUAAAUACCCAGAAAGUUUCUGUAGUAUUUUCUCUUUCCAUUUUGAAGGGAGAUGGCUGCACUGUCUGUUUCAGUUGUUAUUUUUAUCUGUUUGACAUUCAGCCUUGACUAUCAGUCAUGACCUGCAUAUGUGUCUUUCAUAAUCUGUUUCCUGCAUCUGGCAAGAUGUCACGAUUCGAAAGUGGCUUAGGAAUGAAGUAGUUCUUGUUUUACUUUUCCCAUUUACCUAACAUUGUUCAGAACAGAAAGAAAAUUGUAAUUUGUAUUCAAUUGAUUUUUCUCUAUUAAAGUACUUGUUGAUUUUUUUUUUUUAACACUGCUGAAAUGUUGCCCGUUUUGAUCAUAAAUCUACAGAAAAAAAAUCUGUGUACUCUGUGGGAGAAAGACUAAGCUUUUUAAAAUAAAAUUUUAAGUCAAAUGGGUACUGAUUUUAGUGGAUUUCAUUCUAGGUUAAUUUUAAAGUACCGUUUAGACUUUUGACCCGAAAAAAAUAAAUGUAUUACUAAAGUAUAUUUAUUGGAGAUCAUCCCAGUUCAUUGCAUUUCAUUUAGGGUGUCUGAGCCUGGCAUAUGCAGAAAGCUAGAAGGUAGAAACCAAAGAUUUAAAAAGAUAUAUGAUUGGCAAACAAUUUGUGUUCCUCAGUGAGGUUGUGAUUAAAAUGGAAUUAUUAGUCAGAUUUCUAGAAAAUCAGAAAUUGAAUAUUUUAUUGCUUCAGUAACAUCUGUUUUUGGCAUCUGAACCACUGUAAAAUUGACUGGAUCAGUGAGCAAAAGAAAGAAAAAAUAAAAACAGAAAUUCAGGGUCUAACCUCUCUAUUUUACCACAUACAUUUGGACAUUAGUCCUCUUAUGCCAAGGCAACAGUUUCAGUUAUGGGACUCCAGUCUUUACUUCAUAGCUUUUUAUCCUAAAUUGUAUCCCGAAUCACAAGUGUUUAGUUAAAUUAAAAUGGCUGCAGCUUUCAUCCUUAUGGAA